UUAAUAUCGUAGGUUGGGUUAUGUCAGUGGGUUAUUUGCUUGUGGGCGGGGCUAGUUCUAUUAAAGAUUGUGGGGGUUAUUAUGGCCAAUUUCCUGUCAAAAUGCCAGGGAAAUAUCUCAUUUGUCGUUCAAUCCACAAAUAACAAUAACAGUAUACUCUACGUGUCUAAUGACAAGCUAAAUUUUGCAACAAACAUGCGAAGUGACAGGUCUCACGCAUGCGUAGUAAGUUCGCUCUUCCCUGGGGUGGGGACGAGGUUGCCUACAAAUUAAAACCGGAAGAACAAUGUACAUUCCUAGAACAUUCCUGAACAUUAAAUUUUGGUCAUUUGCAUCUUGAUUUUGUAAGUACUUUUUGAGGAGUUGGAAAGACGAAAAUAGGUUGGUUUUGAUCUAUUUGGCAUGGCGUUCUUCGAUAUACCAUUGCAGAACCCCUAUCGGUGAGUAAAUGAGCUUUCUCCUUGUUCUUUUUGUCCUAACACAACAGGAUGCGGUGUAAUUACUGGUUGGAGAUCGUUUGCCACAAGGUCAAGUUGUAUUUUAUGUUUACAUGUAGAAAGCAGAUUACGUGUGACUUUUGUAUGUAUGAAAGAUUAACUAAGUGUUAAUCAUGUCCAUGCGAAACAUAGAUUCGUUUUUUGACUCGUAAGUAUAAAAUAUGUUGUUAACUAGCUACUUCGUAUGUCUAAAUGUUUGCAGAGUUUUGCUUAUGUGGUGGUUGUUUUAUAUUGUUAGCAAAGUUUGAAAACUGCUUCACUGUUAGUAGGUUUCAGUAUAGUAAGGGAUAGAGUGCUGUUGACAAAUAGAUUUUGUUUCGCAGUUGACAUUUUGUUUCGCAGUUGAGAUUUUGCAAUCACCUAAUCACCAGUCAAUGUCUUAUGAAAGAGAAAAAUCAGUUUCGACCCAAUUAUUCUCUCCCAUCUAUUUGUCAACAAGACGAUGACCAAUGUGUGUUCCAGUGUAAAUCUUAUUUCUUUUCUUAAUCUUAUUCUCUAGUUUUUAUGACGAGUCCCCCUCACUGACCGAUACACUUGACGAAAUGUUUGAUAUGACAUUUCCACCGGUUCGUUAUCGCAGUCCUCGGUACGUUGCACAGCAACGUCAAUCACAGCGCACCCGAUCUCAAGACAGCAACAAGUUAUUGAUUGCUCAACUGGAUGUAAGCCACUACAAGCCUGAGGAGGUUAACUGCAAAGUUGAGAAUGGCAAAGUCCUUGUUUCGGGAAAACAUUAUGCAGAAAAUGAGUAUGGAUAUGAAGCUUCUGAAUUUCACCGGAGCUACAGUCUUCCAGAAGGUACAGACCCAAUGUCGGUGAAGUCAAGAAUCUCUCAAGAUGGGGUCUUGCAAAUAGAAGCAUGCAAACAGCAACCGAAGUCGCUCACACUUGAUCCGGCUUUGGGUGUCGAUGAAACGGAUGAUACAAAAAUGUCACUAAAGUUUAACCUUGCUGGUUACAAACCUGAAGAAGUAAAUGUCCGUGUGAAAGGAAAUGAACUUAUGGUUGCAGCAGAACACAAAAUCGAAGAAGAAGGUCACUUCACACAUCGACAGUUCAAGCGUCGGAUCUCGUUGCCUUCUGAAGUGGAUGUGAACACGCUGGUGUCGAAAUUUGGGAAAGAUGGAGUACUGAGUAUCCAAGCUGAUAAGAAAUUGCCACCCGCGAUUGAGGAGAAGAAAAUUGAAAUCCAACAAGAUGCUGAAGCAGAGAAAGAGUAGCUUUGCUAUUUUAAUUUUGAACUGCUUUGCUAUGCCAAAUGCCAUUGUUUGCAACUAAGGAUGAAUAGUCACAGAUAAAACAUUGUUUGUUCAUCCUUAGAGCACUUAAUAUCUAUUAAUUAAUUAAAUAGCAUGUAGUAUGCUUUGUUGUUGAAUAUUCAUUCAUUUAUUAGUUGAAUAUUCAUGAUGUAAGCUGCUAGUGCCUUUGCAACUAAAAAUCAAAACACUGCUAUGUAUAACAAUGUAUUAUUUGGUACAAAUACAACAUAAUAUAUAAAAUUUCUAAUAAUUUCAUUGUGCAUUUACUGUAAUGACUACAUAUUUACAACAGCCGAGCACACGUAAUUUGGAGAAAUACUGUUGUUUUAGUAUAAAUGGUCUUUGGCAGUCUGGGGGUUAUGCUGUUUAUCCACCCAGUAACCACAUUAUUUAUGAUAUCUUGCAUUAUGCAGAGAUGUUCAUCCAGUGUGGCAGAGUCACAUUGAGAACAGAUGUGCGAAGCAACGUAAUUCAUUCAUGUUAAGUUUCUGUUGGUUCUCCAUCGACCAAGCCUUGAGAUCGCUUUCUUUCAUAUUCAUUCAACAUGCCCACAGCUUCUUUAACUUUCUGUCUUUCUCUGUAAUGCUGGUAAGAACAUAUCUCCCUGAAAUCAACAA